CACCAGAAGCGGUAGCACCACAGAGGAGCGGCGGUGUCGCGACUGCACAGUGCGGUGUGACAGGGCGUUAUUUUUUACAUGAUUAAAACACUAAACCGACACGAAAAAACGCGCGGAUCGAUAAAAACACAUCCUAAACACCCAGUCCGUGAUGGAGUCCUAUGACAUUUUAGCUAACCAACCGGUUGUGAUUGAUAAUGGAUCAGGGGUUAUCAAGGCUGGGUUUGCUGGCGACCAGAUCCCAAAAUACUGCUUCCCUAACUAUGUGGGACGUCCCAAGCAUGUGCGUGUGAUGGCUGGAGCCCUGGAGGGAGACCUCUUCAUUGGACCCAAGGCAGAGGAGCACAGGGGCUUGUUGUCUGUGAGAUAUCCCAUGGAACAUGGGAUAGUGAAAGACUGGAACGACAUGGAGAGGAUCUGGCAGUAUGUUUAUUCCAAAGAGCAGCUGCAGACGUUCUCAGAGGAGCAUCCGGUUCUGCUGACUGAGGCUCCUCUCAACCCUAGCAAGAAUAGGGAGAAGGCUGCAGAGGUUUUCUUUGAGACCUUCAAUGUCCCUGCUCUUUUCAUCUCAAUGCAGGCUGUGCUGAGCUUGUAUGCCACAGGCCGUACAACUGGUGUCGUUUUGGAUUCUGGGGAUGGUGUGACCCAUGUUGUGCCCAUCUACGAGGGCUUCGCCAUCCCACACUCCAUCAUGCGCGUGGACAUUGCUGGAAGGGAUGUCUCUCGGUACCUCCGACUGCUGUUGCGCAAAGAAGGCUACAACUUUAACACCUCGGCAGAAUUUGAAGUAGUUCGAACCAUCAAAGAGAGAGCCUGUUAUCUAUCUCUCAACCCCCAAAAAGAUGAGACUUUAGAAACUGAAAAGGCCCAGUAUGUACUCCCUGAUGGAAGCACUUUAAAUAUCGGUCCUGCUAGGUUCCGUGCUCCAGAGCUGCUUUUUAGACCUGACCUGAUUGGGGACGAAAGUUCAGGGAUCCAUGAGGUCUUGGCCUACGCAAUCCAGAAGUCUGACAUGGACCUCAGGCGCACACUGUUCUCCACUAUCGUACUGUGUGGAGGAUCAACACUGAUUAAAGGUUUUGGGGAAAGGCUACUAACUGAAGUAAAGAAGCUUGCACCCAAAGAUGUGAAGAUCAAGAUUUCUGCGCCCCAAGAGAGACUGUAUUCCACAUGGAUUGGUGGCUCAAUCCUGGCAUCGUUGGACACGUUUAAAAAGAUGUGGGUGUCAAAGCGGGAAUAUGAAGAAGACAGAGCACGUGCCAUCCACAGGAAGACCUUCUAAGAUGGGUCCGUGCCCAUGAACCCCACCGAACUGCCCUCAAAUCCCCCAUACUGUCGGAGACUUUCAUACUCUUGCACCUGUCAUCUCCGGUACCUCUGCAUCAUCCUUUAUCCACCCAGCUGCUUUUAACCUGCUGUCAGCCUUCUGCUUUACCACACAAAGAAACAUACCUGUUUGUGUGGUUGUUUCCAUCCCCCUCCCCCGCCUCAUUUCUCCUGCUGUUGGGUCACUGCGACCACACCCACUACAAUCCAAUCAGAGGGCCGUCAUGGCAUCUGAGGGCAGCGGUUAGCACUGUGGAUUCUCACCACAGCUCCUGCUCGGCUACUGUUUAGUCCACAUCGAAGUAUUGGUGUUGCUCUCUUGUCUAAACAGCCCUGCAGGGUGUAGAAUAUCAAGAGUAUCAUGUCAACAAACAUGAUUGUUUUUUGUUCUUGUUUUUUGCGCUACUGCUGAAACUUCCAUUCCAAACCGUAAGAUUUUUAUUUAAAGUCCAUUUUGUAGUUUAUUUCAAAGUUUUUGACAUGAAUUAUCUUAAAACAGAAGUUUGAAGUACUAUAGCAUCACACAGUGCUAAUAAAGUAAAGAGAACCACUGUAUUAUGUAUCUGGCCUGAGUCAAAGCGGUUAAAUCAUCAUCCAGUUGAGUGACCUAAAGUCAUCUCUUAGUACCUUCUCUGUUGUUAGAAACAAUACAUAUUUUAAGGUGUCGCGAUUUGACACGCUUAAAACCUGAAAAUGACUUCCCGCGAUCGGGACGUACGCCUGCUGCAAGUCUGGUGUUUUCAACCAUAAUCUCGUUCUCAAGGUCUUGCCUGUUCACACUGUGAAUCUCACUCCCUUUGCAUGAAACACCUAUUAGAAGCGCGUCCUGCAUUUCGCCUCUGCCAAAAACGUCAACAACCAUGGCAGCCUGCAUUAGCUUUAAUCAAGCCAAAUGUCAGGAGAACCAUUUAAAAUGAAUCUAAACACACAUUCACAGGUGAACCAUGGGAGAAGAAUGUCCUGUUUGUUUGCAACAUUGUCUUAUGAUGAUGAAUUGCUUAUUGAGACCAUACCUGUACUCAGCUCUGACCUGUGUUGGUCAGAACAGAGGCUAUUGAGAAAAAGAUAUUGGAGGUAAAAUACUAGAUUUAUAACUUCUUUCUUUACAUUCAGCUUAUUGUUUUAAAAGAAAGAAAGAGAGUUUGAGUUUCCCAACUGUUUGAAGGGUCUGCUUUACUCUGUUGCAUGUCAGUUAGUCGGGCACAUGUACAGAUCUGUGCACUCAGCUGCAGCGUCAGGAAGCCAGACUCUGGAGUCUGGACGGAGGAAUGUGGCUGAAUCUUUUUGUAAACUUCUCCUCUUCCUGCCUUUCCCUCUCUAAGUAGUAGUAGCAGUAGAGCUCUGUGUCCUAUGAUUUCCCUCCCUCUCAGUUGCCGUGAAGGGGUUGUGCCCACAGUUGUCCGCCUUACUCCGCCUGCGUUGGGGCCGGAGCGUCAGCGUCGUCUGCUUUUGGGUGUUUUUAAUAAAGGUAAUAGAAAACAUCAAAACUUAAAAAAAGCAACAAAAGGUUCUGACAUGUCAUCAGCCUUGUGUACAGUGGAAUGCUUUUCAAGAACAACCACCACACAAACCCAUAGGAUAACUGACUAAAUAUGUACAAUACUGUUUAUUCAAGUGUUUGCUUUUACUUUUCGUAAGUUCAGUAAAAUAAAUAAAUUAAUGGCUGCUG